GCUUGCAUAUAGUGAAACGGUUCACUAAAUUAUUAAUGUAAUGGCAUUCCUAAUUCGAACAGUUUCGAAUAGUUUGUGUUAUUUAUUUAACUAGAUACUGGGCGUAUUCUUUUUCGAAACAAGUACAGUUCUGAAAACCGAAAGAUUCACUUUGCCUAAGCGUUGAUGUGUCUAAAUAGGCGGGUGAGUCCUAGUGUGAACUCGCAUAUUAUGUAGAAUCUUAACAGAGGAAACGCCGACAUUGUAGGAAAAGGAAGUAAAAUAGUUAUUACAUCACAUCGGUUAAACUUGACAGAGGAAUACAAUUAAAUAGCAGGGGGUAAAUACAACUGAAUGGCUUCAGAGGAUUGUGUUUGCGAUAUCAGUCUAUCCGUUUAAAGAGGACUGCAGCGUUAGAUGUCCGGACGCUUAACGCUUCUUUAGCAUAAGGCUAUUUGUGUUAUUAAAAACACACUUUGUAUAUUGAAUAUAUAUUUUUAAGGUUCUAAAUAUGGGUAACGCAAGUACGCGACCAAAGGGAAAAUACUUAAACGAAAUCAUUUCAAAAUGUACGAACUUGGAAAUUGACGACGCAAUUCAAAUCUUCAAGGAUUUCCAGCGGCAAUCAGGGGGCAAAGGCAAGCUAAGUGAAGACGAUUUUGUUAAAGUCUACAUUGAAGCUUUUCAUGGAAAGAGCGAAAUUUCCGCUCUUGCCAGACACAUCUUCCAUGCUUUCGAUACAGACCAUAAUGGCUUCGUGGAGUUCGAGGAAUUCGUUGUCGGGCUGAGCGUCACGGAAGCAUGUCUUGUGGAAGCGGACCAAGAGAUGAGGAUAAAGAAAAUGAAAUGGGCCUUUGACGUUUACGAUAAAGACAGGAGUAACACUAUAGACCGCCAUGAGAUGCGUCUUAUCGUACGGGCCGUUGCAGACGUGGUAACAGUCGAAUUGUUUCUCGGUGAAGAGACACCAGACGAGUUUGCUGAUCGUCUCUUCGAAGAAGCAGACGAAAACAGAGACGGCAAGAUAACGUUCGAGGAGUUCCAAAAAGCUGCCGAACACAACGACACGCUUGUGAACAUGUUACUUCCCGCACCAGUAUGAGUGGAGACUACCAUUUAACAUGUUGACCGUAUGGAAGAGAACAAUGCCCCAAGCUCAUUUAGCAAAAUAAAUGUGACAUAAUCUCACAUAUUAGCACUUGAACCGGAAAUUAAACGACCGUACACUUCCUCAUGUUUUCACCAUUUUAAAUCUAAAGAUUGGUUAAUUAUCGAAAACAAAAUGGAAAAUGAAUGUGUUUGUAUCGCAUGCUUACCAUUUUGACAAACAUUUACUAGACUGAAAGUCUUGUUAAAGCGAUGUACUAGUAUCUUAUUAUUUUAUUUUCCCUAUUACCCAUGACAAUCACGCAAUAUGGAAAUGUUUUGAUUUCAUUGAUGCUAUGUGUAUGGGUGACAUGUGAUGCUCAGCGUGUUGGCCGACACUCCUGUAAACAAAGGCCUCCAUGUGUUUUUGCAUUGACCGUUCCAAUGCGAUAACAUCAGAUGUCUUCAUUUUCGGUGUUUAUUUGUGUGGUGUAAGUGUUCCAUUUCAAAUAAACCUUCAAAUGUG